AUGGCUUUCAACAAUAAAGAGAGGGAUUUCGCAGCUGAAAAAGAUAGAAUUCGUGAGUUUUUUCAAUCCCACUAUGAAGAGAACUCAGACGGAGCCAAGGUUUUUUCAUAUCGUGAUCAAAUUACCCGUAUAGCAGAAAGAGAGGAAGUAUCGUUUCCUAUCAACAUGGAUGAUGUGUAUAACUUUGAUCCAUCACUUGCUGAAUCAUUUCACGGGAACGCGAGACGCUACAUGCAACUCGUGAACGAAGUGUUGGAUGAACUCAUACAAGACUAUUUGGGUGAAAGACAGCCACCCGUUCGUGAUGCAUUAGAUGCUUUCAUCUUUCAAAGACUGUAUAUGGAUAAUACUCAGAAAAACAUAGAUGGUGGUGUUAUAAGUAGUAAUGACGCAAGAAAAAAAUAUCCACCACAACUGUUACGUAGAUAUGAACUUUCUUUAAAAUCCAAAAAUGAUGAUAAAGUUCUUGCCGUUAGAGACAUCAAGGCUUCGUCAGUUGGAAAAUUAGUUAGUGUCGGUGGUAUUGUUAUUCGUGCCACUGAAGUUCGGCCUAUGGCUUCAGUUAUAACAUAUUCAUGCGAUACUUGCGGAGCUGAAGCUUAUCAACCUGUUAACGGACCAUCUUUCACACCCGCUCUCUCUUGUCCAAGUAAAGAUUGUACAGAGUCUAAAGCUAAUGGAAGACUACAUAUGCAAAUCCGCGGUUCUAAAUUUGUUAAAUUCCAAGAGUUGAAAAUUCAAGAAUUGAGUGAGCAAGUACCUGUUGGAUCUAUUCCUCGUUCGUUAACUAUCAAUGUUUACGGGGAAAAUACUAGAAAAUGCAUUCCCGGGGAUAACGUGAAAAUCACUGGUGUGUUUGUUCCACUGCUCCAGAAUGGUUAUCGAGUAGGAGGAGGCUUGGUAGCCGAAACUUAUUUAGAAGCUUAUCAUGUAGAGAAUCAAAACAGAACUGAGGACGAAAACUUGGAGCUAACUGAUGAAUUAACAGAUGAAGAGAUCGAAAUGGUCAGUCAAGAUAACUUCUAUGAUUUGCUUGCGUAUUCUAUUGCUCCUGAAAUUUAUGGGCUAAAGGAUGUAAAGAAAAGUUUAUUACUGGCUUUAGUUGGAGGUGUGGAUAAGAACGCAAGUGGAAUGAAAAUAAGAGGAGCCUUAAAUAUUCUAUUGAUGGGCGAUCCAGGUGUCGCCAAGUCUCAACUUUUGUCUUAUAUUGAUCGUCUCGCACCUCGUUCUCAAUACACUACUGGAAGAGGCUCAUCAGGAGUGGGUUUGACCGCUGCCGUUAUGAAAGAUCCUCUAACUGGAGAAAUGACUUUGGAAGGAGGGGCAUUGGUCUUAGCUGACAAAGGCAUAUGUUGUAUCGACGAGUUCGACAAAAUGUUAGAUAGUGAUCGCACUGCUAUUCAUGAAGUAAUGGAACAGCAAAGUAUAUCUAUUGCAAAAGCUGGCAUUAUGACCACGUUGAAUGCCCGUGUAUCUAUCAUAGCUGCAGCUAACCCUGCAUUCGGAAGGUACAAUCCUCAGCGUAGUAUUGAACAAAAUAUCAACUUACCCGCUGCUUUGCUAUCGAGAUUCGAUUUACUCUGGCUAAUACGCGACAAAGCUGAUCGAGAGUGUGACAAGCGACUUGCCAUGCAUAUUCUUCAUGUGCACAAGUUCGGUAAACAACCUGAAAUUACUGGAUUGAAGCCUCUCGAAAUGAGCCUGGUCAGACGCUAUGUAACAAUUUGCAAAAAAAAGAAUCCAGUCGUUGAUGAGUCCUUAAGAGAGAGAUUGGUUGAAAUGUACGUGGACAUGCGUAGAGAAGCACGUGAUAGUGAUGAUUCAACGUUUACGUCUCCAAGAAUGCUACUUUCAGUCAUAAGAAUGUCUACCGCAUUAGCUCGUCUAAGAUUGAUGCAAACGAGCAAAGAUUCUCUUAGACCUGAGAUUCACAGACAGGAAAUGAAGCAAUCGCCGAUUGAUCAAGCGUUCUCCGUUUUGCGCGAGAUAUAUCAUUCACAGGGUAAUGAUGAACCGAUUAUCAUGCAAACGGCAGUCCAGAAAUGUGCUCGCAAGGGUAUCAGUGAGGAAACUUUACAGAAAUCAAUUGAAACUUAUUGUAAAACUGGAAUACUUCUCUUGGAUCGCCAGCAGCGAAUUCGAUUCUCAAUUAACUAA